AUGGGCGGUCGACGUCACUUCGUGCUGGUCCACGGAGCUUGCCACGGGGCUUGGUCGUGGUACAAGAUGUUGCCGCUGCUGACAUCCGCCGGCCACAACGCCACCGCCAUCGAAUUGGCUGCUUCCGGCGUCGACCCGCAACAGGUCGACACUGUCCGAACAAUUUCCCAGUACACGCAGCCGCUCAUGGAUUACCUGUCGGCUCUGCCGCCCACGGAGAAGGUGGUUCUCGUCGCCCAUAGCUACGGCGGGUUCGCGGUGGCUCAAGCCAUGGAAAUUUUGCCAGGUAGAAUUUCUGUGGCGGUUUUCGUUACAGCCUUCAUGCCGGGCCCGGCCUACCCUUCCGCUACCCUUUUCCGCGAGGUAUUUUUAUUAUAA